GAGGACCAGACUUUUUCUCUCUCUCUCGGACUUGAGAGACAAUGGGGACUGCAUACGACCAAGUUCUUCGCUCUGUUGCCCAGGUGAACAUCGCCGACCAGACCGAAGAUUCCGGCGACGUAGUCAGUGAUGGAGACGGUGUAAAAGUCUCGUGCUUCACUGAAGUUUUCGAUGAUGUCACAAUCCAGUUCCAGAUCAUCCGUCUCGCGAAACAGAUUUAUGUAUGGCUUGGUUGUAACUCCGCCAAAUUUGGGAAUUUGUACGCAGCCGCUUCAACACGACCGAGCAAUACCGUGAGUGUUACUUCAGUACUUGGUGGAUCAUCUGAUAACACUGGAUCUGGCAUUGCGCGUAGAUUAGUGUUGAAGACUGGACUCAAUAUAAUACUGGCUUGCAACAUCCCUAAGAACAAUCCCUUGCUCGAGGCAAAAGCUGAGAAAGUGUUGAUUAGAAAGCUGAUUGAUCUUGGUUACACAAUGCCAAGACCUGUAAGAGCAACAUAGCCAGUUUAGCUGUUUCUUGAGUUUGUUUCUCCUCUUUGUGUUCUACCAUUUUAUCUGCGGAUAAUUACUGAAUCAUUCUAACAUAUCUAAGAUCGAGUGGCAUGAAUGAGUUUUCUUAACGCUAUAUAUCUUCUCCAUAUUCAAAGAGUUGGUUCCUUUUUCAUGGCUUUCAAAUGUGUUUUUUCUUCUCCCUCUUCUUUGUCAAUUUUGGCCUGUCGUUUCGUCAUCCAAACUUGGAAGCUAUGUGGUGAUGCAUUAUAUACAACAUGCUUGAUCUUUUUUGUUGUUGUUGUGUUAAGAAGGCAAAUCCUUGGGACAUGUCUAAGUGUGAAACUACUGUAUGAUGGAACCAUUCCUCUUUCACUCUAUAUUUGUCACUUGCA